AUUCGGUAUCAUGCUAUUACAACUUCUUGCUCUUGUCUAUGCAAUUUUCAUGCUGGUCCUUCCUGCAUGCUCAUCCAUAUCUGUAUUUAAAAAACUGAUUUUGGAAAGUCCAACUUUGAUCAAUUCAUUUCCUUGGGUUGGUUAUGCAAUUUCUUUGAUUUUUGCACCAUUUGCUUGGCUUUUAUGCAUAUGUACCACAUGCAUAUGCAUUGGUAUUCUUGGAAAUUUAGUCCUUCAACCAAAUUAUUCCCUGACACCAGAAGUGUCCAUUUGGUCAUUGGAUUUUGUUAAGUGGUGGGCACUGUAUAAGGCACAAGAAAUGUCAUCCAAAGUUAUGGCAGUGCAUUUGAGAGGAACAGUAUUCCUGAAAUACUGGUUCCAAAUACUUGGAUCAAAGAUAGGAUCAUCAGUCGUACUGGAUACUGUCGAUAUCAGUGAUCCAGCACUGGUUUCGAUUGGAGAUGGAGCUGUUAUUGCAGAAGGAACUUUAAUUCAAGGCCAUGAAGUGAAGAAUGGAAUCUUGAGUUUCCUUCCAGUUAGAAUUGGCAAAAACUGCUCUAUUGGUCCUUAUGCUGUAAUCCAGAAAGGAAGUUUUUUGGGAGAAGGGACUGAAAUAGCAUCAUUACAGAAGACAGAAGGAAAGGCAGCAUCAAAAUCAAACAGCAGCAAGAAGGUGAGGACUUUGAUUUCACAAGUUAAAUAUAUCUGAUUGUUCAACUUUUUAUAACCUUCAUAUUUUCUAAUUUAGCCCCUAAACAGAAUCCUAAGGAGCCUUUUUAACAUAGUGAAAUUCACUUCUAUUGUGAUUGAACAGCCAAGAGAAGCAGAAGGUGGUCUUAGUCAAGCUAUGUAUCACUUGAUGGGAAUCUACAUUGUCGGAUUCAUAAGCGCUCUCUCAGGAGCGAUCCUUUAUUUCUUGUACAUUCUGUUAGCUCAAAAAUCUCCAUCUCUUCAACACUUUUCCGUAAUCUGUCUUUCUGGAGCAUUCCAUUGGCUUCCUUUCACUAGCAUUGCUUACAUGACCAUUAUUUCUACUACCUCUUCAAGUCCAAUAAUCUUUGCUAUCUCAGUUGCAACCGCCUACUUGGCUCAUGGAUUGAUCCUGAGCUUCCUUACCAUCUUUGUCAACAAUUUUCUCUCAAAAAGCACAGAUGAUUCACUAAGAUUAUGGCUGAAACAUAGAAUUAACAUUGCCUGUCAUCUCAGAUUUGCUAAACUCCUUUCCGGAACUGAAGCUUUCUGUAUGUACUUAAGGCUCUUGGGGGGCAAAAUUGGAAAACAUUGUUCUAUCCGAGCCAUCAACGCGGUUUCUGAUCCAAAAUUGAUAUCACUAGGCGAUGGUGUCCACCUAGGUGACUUCAGCAGGAUUAUAACCGGUUUCUAUUCCUCGAGUGGAUUCACAAGUGGGGUAGUUGAGGUACAAGACAAUUCAGUUGUUGGGAGCCAAAGUGUUGUCCUCCCAAAGUCACUUAUACAAAAGGAUGUUAUUCUUGGUGCACUUUCUGUUGCUCCAGUGAAUUCUGUUCUUCAUAGUGGUGGCGUUUACGUUGGAUCUCAAGCUCCUGUUAUGAUAAAGAACACACAGCACACCAUCGAUGAAAGGAUAGAAGAGAUGGAUAUGAAAUACAAGAAGAUAGUUGGAAAUCUAGCUGCUAAUUUGGCUGCGACCACUCUCAAGGUCAAAACAAGAUAUUUUCAUCGAAUUGGUGUUAGUGGAAAGGGAGUGCUUAAGAUGUAUGACAACAUUAAAGGAUUGCCAGAACACAAAAUCUUUCAAUCUGGCAAACAUUAUCCUGUCAUAGUCCGGCAUAGCAACAGCUUAAGUGCCGAUGAUGAUGCAAGGCUCGAUGCUCGUGGUGCUGCUUUAAGAAUACUCUCUGAUACCACUUCAGAUGUUGAAAAACCAAUUCUAGACUUGACAUUGAAGACAGGGAAAGCAUUUUAUGCUCGGACUAUUUCUGAUUUUGCGACAUGGCUUGUUUGUGGCUUAGCUGCAAGGGAAGAGCAUGUGAAACGCGUUCCACACGUUCGCGAUGCAGUAUGGACAUCACUACGUGAUUCGAACUCAUUUACUGAGAUGCAUUAUUACUCAAAUAUAUGCAGGCUUUUCAGGUUCAAAGAUGGACAAGAAAUGUAUGUGAAGUUCAAGUUGAGGCCAUGUGAUGAAAACAUUAGUGAAGAUUCUGGUAAAGUUGAGCCUAUUGGAAUACUUCCUCCAGAAACAGGUGCAAUUCCAAGGAGAGAUAGCGACACACGCCCGUUACUUUUCCUUGCUGAUGAUUUCCAGAAACGCGUGAGUUCACCAGGUGGUGUUCGCUACAUUUUCCAACUCCAAUUCAGGCCAGUGCCUAAGGAUGAAGCAACACAAGAUAUUGCACUUGACUGCACUAGACCAUGGAAUGAAGCUGAAUUCCCAUAUGUUGAUGUUGGAGAAAUCAUUGUGGAUCAGAACCUUACCAAGGAACAAUCAGAGAAGCUGGAAUUCAACCCUUUUCUCCGAUGCCACGAGGUUGAUGUUAUCAAAGCAACAUCAGCCUCUCAAAGUGCAUCAAUCGAUCACGGUCGUUCAUUGAUCUAUGAAAUUUGCCAACAUUUGAGAAAUGGAGAACCACUUCCAGAAGCUUGGAAGAAUUUCAUUGAACAAUCUGAUGUGAAAGUUGAUCUUUCCGGUUGUCCUAUAGCAUCUUCACUACAAGUAAAACAAGAAACUAGUCAUGAAAUAGCUCUAUCAAGAACAUGGUAUCAAACUUCUUGGUCUACUUUUGCUCAGCCACUAUUCCAAACAUUCUUGCCAUACUUUUUCUUGGCAUAUUCAAUUCAUGGUCCACUAAAUUGGCUGCUGUUUUUAAAGCAAACUACAACUCAACCACUAUACUGGUUUUUUCCUUUCUUUUGGAUAUCUUCAGGGCUAAUAUCAGCAUUGGUUUGUGUAUUGGCAAAAGCUGUUUUCACAACAAGAAAGAAAGAUGGAGGAAAAGCACAUAUAUGGAGCACAAGUCUUUUGAUGGAAACAAUAUGGCAAGCAUUUAGGACAUUAGUUAGUGACUAUUUCAUGGAAAUGACAACAGGAUCAUUCUUGUUUGUUAUUUGGAUGAAACUUAUGGGAUCAGAAGUUGAGUUAAGUCAAGGGGUUUAUGUAGAUAGUAUGGGAACUUUAUUGAAUCCUGAAAUGAUGGAAAUUGAAAGAGGUGGAUGUGUAGGCAAAGAAGCAUUGUUAUUUGGACAUAUAUAUGAAGGUGAAGGAGUAGUGAAAUUUGGAAAAGUUAGAAUAGGAGAAGGAAGUUUUGUUGGGAGUAGAGCUGUGGCAAUGCCUGGAGUUGUAGUGGAAAAUGGUUGUAGUUUAAAUGCACUUUCACUUGCUAUGAAAGAAGAAAUUGUUAAGUCAAGGUAA